CCGGUGUGCGCGGCAAUGCGGGGAAAGUGCGGAGAUCAGCAAAUACCCCCCGUGUUCAAACUGAGUGUGUCAGCUGGACAAAAGGCAAAACCGAACUAAGCGAAGAGAGCUGUCCACAUAGCGUGGUGCUGAAACUCCCUCCGACCCACUCUGCGCUGGGAGCUGUCCCUGGGUCUUGCUCCUGAAAACUGCAGCCAGCAACUUUCAGCCAUGGCGUUCAUGGUGAAGACCGUGGUCGGGGGGCAAUUGAAGAAUCUGACCGGAGGACUGGGAGGUGAGGAAAAGGGAGACGGGGAGAAGUCUGACGCCGCAGCUCAAGGCAUGACGAGAGAGGAGUUUGAAGAAUAUCAACGGCAGCUGCUCGAUGAAAAGAUGGAGCGCGAUGCCAGUUUUGCUCAGAAGAAGGCAGAGCGUGCAACAAUGAGGACACACUUACGAGACAAGUACAAGCUCCCGAAGAAUGAAAUAGACGAGAACCAGAUCCAACUGGCUGGUGGCGACGUGGAACUGCCAAAGGAGCUGGCCAAGAUGAUCGAACAGGAUAACGAGGAAGAGGCUGAGAAGGACUCCUUGAUGGGACAGCUCAGCAACAUCCAGAACCUUGACCUUGACAGCUUGAAGGACAAGGCCCAAGCAACUCUGGAAGACUUCAAGCAAACGGCAGAGAAGUGUUGUGUCAUGUGAAACAAAAAGGACAGGGACUGAUUUUCACAAGGUUCACUGCGACUUAAAUCAAAAAUGCAAAUUUGCAGCCUAUUAAACACUGUUUUAAAAAGUAAUGCCCCAGUGAAGGCAACGUGAUAGCUGGUUAGACACAGAUCUGAAGUUGUUUGCGAUGCCUUGGCUGUACCAUGUACGUGCCAGAGAGUGAUUCUUGUCAGCUCUGACUGUUAACUGUUUCUUUUGGUAUUUUAAGAGACUGAAUGUGAUACAGGCUUGGAAUUCUGAAUGUAAGCAUUAACUGGAGAACAGAUGCCUCUCCCAUCCAUAACCCCAAUGAUGGCUCAUCUCAGUAGCAGAAAUGAUCAUCAUUAAAGUUAUAGGCAUGCAAUAAACUUUAUCGAGUUUAGCUAAUUGUGUCCCAGUGUGACCAAGUGAAUGGAAAUUACAGUAACAAUGACACAAAUUCUCUUCCCACUCCAUCUACUUAAAAGAAACCUGAAACAACAACAACUUCUAUUCAUAUGGAGUCUUUAAUACAGCAAAUGGUUCAAGGUGGAUCUCAAGAUGGGCAACAGAAGGAGGUAUUAGAGUCAUAGAGUCAGAAUCAUGGAAUGAUACAGCACGGUCCACCGAAUCCACACCAACCAUCAAGCACCAUGUAUACAGUAGUCCUACCCUAACCCUUUUGCAUCUUCCCCCAUUCCCAUCAACUCCUUCCCAAAUUCUACCUCUCAUCCUCAGGCAAGGGACAAUUUACAGAUGACUGGGAACUCAGUCAAAGAGCAAGGUUUCAGGUAAAUUGGUUUAUUAUUGUCACAUGUAUCAAGGCACAGUAAAAAAAACUUUGAUUUGCAUGCCAUCCAUACUGAUCAUUUCAUCACAGUGCAUUGAGGUAGUACAAGGGAAAACAAUAACAGGGUGCAGAAUAAAGUGUUACAGCUACAGAGAAAGUGCAGUGCAGGCAGACAAUUAGGUGCAAGGUUGUAACGAGGUAGAUUGUGAGGUCAAGAGUACAUCCUAUCAUUCUAGGGGGCUAGUCUUAUCAAUAAUCUCAACACAGUGGGAUGGAAGCUGUCCUUGAGCCUGGUGGUAUGUGCUUUCAGGCUUUUACAUCUUCUGCCCAAUGGGAGAGGGGAGAAGAGAGAAUAUCCGGUGUGGGUGGGGGUCUUUGAUUAUGUUGGCUGCUUUACCGAGGCAGCGAGAAGUAUAGACAAGAGUCCAUGGAGGGGAGGCUGGUUUCCAUGAUGCGCUGGGCUGUGUCCACAACUCUAUGCAGUUUCUUGCGGUCUUGGGCAGAGCAGUUGCCGUACCAAGCCGCGAUGUAUCCGGAUAGGAUGCUUUCUAUGGUGCAUCGAUAAAAAUUUGGUGAUGGUCAAAGGGGACAUGCCAAAUUUCUUUAGCCUCCUGAGGAAGUAGAGGGAGCACCUUAGAGGAUAAACAGGGGGUGGGAAUCCAAAACCUGGGGCCUCGGGAGCUAAAAUUCCUGUGAAUUGCCUUGUUUCAUUUUGCUAUGUCAAAGCUGCUGUAUAAAUGCAAGUUGUUGUUGUUGCUGUGUAAGCCUAGGUAAUGAGCAUUGUUAAAGUGUUUGACCUGAAGAUCGUGUGUUAGAGCUGUUCAAAUCCAAGCCUGAAUCCUCUUGGCAUCACAAAUGACGACGGUUACGGAUGUCCUGGAAUUACAUGAGAGCGAAUAUCAUCUCUCUCUCUCUCUCUCUUGCUCUCUCACUUUCUCUCUCUCUCCUCCCCCCCUCACUUCCCCUCUCUGUCUGUCUGUUUCUCCCACUUUGUCCUUGUCUCCCCCACCUCUCUUUCUCAUCUAUACAAACAGCAUUUCUUUCUCUAUCCAUUUCUCCCUCUUUCUCACCUUUCUCUCUCUCUCCUUUUCCCUCUCUCCCCCUCUCUCCCCCUCUCUCCCCUCCCCUCUCUCCCAUUCCCCCUCUCUCCCCUUUCCCCCUCCCUACCCUCUCUCCCCCCUCUCCCCCUCCACCCCUCUACCCCCCUCUCUACCCCCCUCUCCCUCCCCUCUCUCCCCCUCUCCCCCAUUUCUCUCCCCCUCCCCCUCUCUCCCCCCUCCCUCCCCCUCUCUCCCCCCUCCCUCCCCCUCUCUCCCCCUCUCUCCCCCCUUCUCUCCC